AUGGCAAGAAGGACAAGCUCAAGCGCCAGGGCCUGCGACUGCUUCAUUUCACUGCGCUUCAAUGAAGCCAUCAACGCGGGAAAGGCGCUGCAGGCUGCUCUCUCUGAGCGAGGCGUGACAGCCUUCCUGUGCGAGGUCCCGCCAGGCAGAGACAUCGAAAGCACCAUCGUGGAGGCCCUGUCAACCUGCAGGAUGGCCGUCAUCAUGGGGACCAAAACGUAUGGGAAGAAGACACCAGCCUCGUUUGGCACAAGAGAAGAGUUGAGGUUCAUCAUCGACGAGAAGAAGCCAUUCUUCUACAUCAAAAUGUGCGCCAAGCUCAAGUCAACUACCGCACGGUUUCGCCUCCCAGAUACCAUCUCCUACCAUAUGUGGCAGCCCGACAACAAUGAUCCCAACAUUAUUGUGCCAGCCGAUCUCGUCGACGGGAUUGUGAAGAGCCUCACGGAUUUGCCCGCCGCAGGCGUGUACAAUGACAUUGACGAUGUCUUGUCUCCUUUACCUGACCACGCCUUCAACUUUCCACAACCAGAGUCGCAAGUGACACACCAUGCUGCUUCCGUAAUUUCCUCCUCAUGCCCAGACCUCACAAAGGACACGGCUUUGGUGGAGAAGAACAGCUCAGUGUCUGGCGUGCCCACAAGCGGCCACAUGGCCUCAUCCAAGACCUCCGGCCAUGGCUCUGGCCCAGAAUCGCCCGCGCACACACCUCCUAUCUCGGAAGGCGUGGAUGGUCAAACUGCAACUUCACACGGGACGCAAGGCACGUCCUCGCAAGCGCCGUCAUCCUCACUGGCUGUCGCCUCGCCUCCAAACGCUCGCCUCUCACAGGAGCAGAGAAGCCAGACACUGUGUGAUAUGACAUCGUCAUCCAAGAACACGACUUCAACCACCUCGCCGCGACCUGUUGAGCAUGCUCGUGAUGGCACCUGGGCCCAAUGGCAACAGAAGCAUGGCCGGCUUCACCACCGGCUGAUGUAUCUGACUCCUGACGCCAUCUUUCACGUGAAUGUCAUCAAACAAGAGGAGAAGGCUUUUGUCUUAAAGCCACUCAGCAAACUUGCGGUACACGACGAAGGCGCCAAACUGGUCGUCAAGAACAGCAGCGGCGAUACACUUCGCAUUUACGCACCCGACACGCCCGAAGGCGGAUCCCAUUUACAGCAAUGGAGGGCGGCACUAUUCGCUGCCAAAAGAUGGAACGGCAAUGACGACAUAGUUCUGCCAGCCUCAAUCAAGGCAAACCACCAGUUUGCGGCCGCAAUAUGGAACCUCAUUUUCCCCGGGACAGCGAGGGCACAGCACCCAGAGUAUCGAGACGUUUGGUUGCGCUGGCUGUGUAACCCAAAUGCGCAGGCGACGUUCGAGACAAUGCAUCGCUUGUUCAUGCGAGCUGUGAGGCAGGUAAACGACGACGCCGCGGCGCUGUCGUACUUGAAUCACCUCACAGAUCUUCACCACAGCGUGCACACCCGUAUGAUCAUGAAUGCAAUUGACCCCAGCUCCAACAUGCUUACCUCUUGGAAGGAGCAUACGAUGCCCGACAGCAAGGCAACCCACAAGCACAUUUUUUUCUCGCUCUUCACGGCGUAUGUCAGCAAGCAAGCGAGGUUCGCGCAGCAGCAUGACAAAACGGGUGCUUGGCCGGGCUUGCUCUGCGCAGCUUUGGACUACCAUCCCAGCGUUCUCCUUGACAGCUCAACAGGGCCUUCCGAGCAAGCUUUCACCGGGCCAACGAUCGCGGCAGCUCAAGAAGGCAAACCAGAUGAUGGCGUCGGUUGUGGUGCUGGCGCUCACCACGCCGCUGAGCUGCCAGGGGAGCACCAGCACUCUCCGUUUGACGCAAACACCACAGCGGCCAUGCAAGCUGAGGAAGAGAGGCUGUCACGCCCUCAAGGGGAAGUGUGCAGCGUGCCCCUCACUUGUUUCGAGGAGCUCGUGUAUUUCUUCAACGUGGAUCACCUGCGGUACUACGCCUGCAAGCAUUGGGCGCAGCAUGAUGUCAGUCGCUACCUCUCUCUCUUGGAGACGCAGAACGCCGGUGUUCUCAAGCACGUGUUUGAUGGACCAACACUGCAAGGCAGACCAGCGGAGCGACUGUGCUUGUUGCUGCCAUGCCUCGAUAUCCGCUCACAGGAGGACCAAGCUGCCAUCGUUGAGGCGUUCACCGAGGACGGCGGUCUGCACAUGGGCACGUUUCGUGUGUUCGCUGAGGCGUGCGUGGCCAAAGCAAAGACAGAUCUCCUCGCAUUCUCCCUGCGAACGUUCUUCAGCACCCAUGCCGCCUCCAUUCCCGACGCUGUGAGUGAAGUGCUGACCAUGCUCACGGAGCCGCAGGAGUCUGGCCAUCGACACACCACAGCCAAGGCCUUUGACACGGCUAAGGUCCUUUUUGAUGCGGUGGUCGUCCUGGUGGGUGGUAACCUCGUGUGCGUGGACUCCUUUGAGGACUGGAGCAGCACAAGCACUGAUGAACGGAAACAAUUCCUGGUCCACCUCAUUCACAACUAUGCUUCAUCAACCCUUUGCAAAAUCACCAUCGAAAACCGCGGCUGGCUCGAUGACUCGAACAUGACGGAGCGAGCGGCAUUGCGUGCCCGUGUUGAAGAUGAGACUGUGGCUGUGGAUUUUACAUAUGAGCGUUCAGAGGCGGAGUUUGCGUCACUUCUUGCAGGUUUUGUGCGCAUCUGCAUACAUUUGGGCUGCUUCCAAGAGCUCCGCGUCUGGGCGAACAAGAUUGGGCAACGGCUGUUCAAACUGAGCUUUGGCGAAGGCUUGCGAGGCGUGACCAUGGAGGCGCUGUCAAGGUCGUUUGACCUUAUGCCUGAGUGCAAGGACAUGGUGCUCAAUGGCACGCUGCUGAGCACACCACAGUUCUUCUGCCAUGAUGCUUUUAACGCGAUGAUCCGCGACAAGGCGACCGGCGUGGACAAGCUUCGUGGCACGUACUUUGAUCUGCUGGCGUUGGCCGAGAAGCUGGACGGGUACCCCACCUUUGCCGAGGACAUGAAGCACCUGGCAUCUCGACUGCUGCCGCACAAGUCCAAGACCAUUCUCGACAACCUGAACCACCUGUGUGAAGUUGUGCUGCAACGAAUGAAGCAGGGUGGUAACGUGAGCGGCAAUGGAGCAGGUGCCAAAGGAAACAGUCAAUCUGCGGCUCUUCAGGAGAGGCGCGCGGCCGGUCUCAAGCUUGGCGACCUGGUGCAGUGCAGCCUGUAUGCCACGGACGCCAUCUUCAUUGUGCAGUCGUUCCGCAGCCGCAACCUUCUUGAAGGGUGCAUUGCGCACUACGUCAACAAUUGUGAACCAAGCACGUGGGUGGAGCUGUUCCGGCGCCUCGACGUCAUCGCGUUCUUCAUCAAGUAUCUGGUGCGCGAGAGCUACGAGAAGGCCUUCACGGCGUUCAAGAGCCACAACGGCGGAAACGAAUGGGCUUCCCGGCUGGUGGAUGCUGCACAGGAGCAGUUUGACGAGCCCAUCAUCAGCCUCGACGAGCUGCGUGUUGAAGAGGAAGAAGCGCAAGCACGGUUGAUCCAGACCAUUCUCGCGCGGGGCACAACCACUGCCGAUCCUGAGAUGUCAUUCAUCAUCGAGUUUACUGGGCGCUGGAUGCAGCGCAUGAAGGACAUUGUGUCGAUUCCCAUGACGCCGCACAACACGCAGAUCAUCACCACGCUCAUGUUUGCGGCAUUCUACCGCUUGUCCGUGGCUCAGUCGACAAGCAAUCUUGGCUCUGAAGCGUCAGGGCUGAAGUCAUUGAUUGCGGAGGUGGGCACCGGCGAGGGAAAGUCGGUCAUCAUCAUCAUGAUGGCGCUGUACUUUGUGUGCGUCCAAGACAGACGUGUGCACAUCCUGGAGAACAACGUGAGUCUGCUUGACCGCGACUACAGCAACUACAAGGCGUUCUUUUCCCAGUUCAAGAAGUCUGAUGGCACCAGCGUCACAGUGAGCACAUCCAUUGCACAGGAGGCUGACAUUACGUACUGCUUGCAAGAGGAUGUUGAGGCACAACACCGAAGUGAGGCCCCGAAAGGGUGCAACGCGUUCCGCAACGUCGUGCUCAUUGUGGAUGAGGUGGAUGACCUGGUGAUUGAUCAAAACCCCGUCAGCGGCUUUGUCAAACGCGACGAGGACAACAGCGCACACAUCCUCAAGUGCUUCCAAGCACUGAAGCGCAGCGGGCUCGCUGCAGCCAAACCAACUGGGUGCCCCGAGCGCGUUUGGAACAAGGCUCAAGCGGCCUUCCGAACCGCCCAGACCUGGCGCGAGGGAAAAGACUACGCGCUGGUGGAUGGGCGACACCGAAUCCUGGAUGGGCGUGGUCGCCCAACCCACUACACGAGCGCAACGCUCCAGUACGUCAACUUUAUUGCCGGUUACAACGACAGCCCGAGCUUUGACACAGUGUUUUACGUGGUCAGCACGCCGCACGUGUUCAAGCAGUACGCGCUCAUCUUGGGGCUCACUGGCUCUGUGGGCGGUGAGGCGGAGCGCGAGUAUCUGCGGACCACGUACGAUGCGGGCGUGUUCAGCGUGCCGCCGUUCCUGGACACGUGCACCGAUGCGUGCAAGCAGGAGCCGCAGCAGCGGUUCGUGAAGGUAGUGGCCAGUGCGCAGCAGCAGAGAUCGGAGGUGAUCGAGACGGCCGAAGGCAGCGCAGAUUCGGUGCCGGUGCUUGUGAUUACGCCGAACCCCAAAGAAGCAGCAGCAGUGUCAAAUCAGCUGAAGGGACGCCUGGGCCAGGGGCGCGUGCAGCUGCUGCUGGAAGUUGCCAAUGGAGUGUCCCAGAAGGACAAGUGGCAAACCAUCAUCGACCAAGCGACGCAACCUGCGCAGCAGUCUGGAACCUGCAGUGGGCCGACUGCUGGGUGGCGUGUGACGGUGACCGACUACUUUGGCGGCCGCGGGCACGAUUACAAGGUGACAGACGAAGGCGUGGAUGACGCCGGUGGGCUGCUGGUCAUCAUCACACACAUCCCAGACUCUUACCGCGAGUGGGUUCAAUGGAAGGGCCGCACGGCACGGCAGGACCGCAACGGUCAGCUGGCGCUCAUCCUCAACAGCGAGGAGGAGUUCAUGAGGGGGCAGCGCCAGACCGUCACGCAAUUCACCAAUGGUGAAAUUGACAGAGAUGAGUUUGUGCGGCAGUUGUUGCGUGAGCGGAAUGUGCAGAUGAAAACGCAGCUUGACAAGUACGCCGACCAACAGCGGAGCGGAAUGGCUGUGAACGAGAUGUGCGAUCGCUUCUACCGCAAGUACGGCACGGGAGCCGUGUGGCCAGCCAACGACACACAACGCAAGCUGCGCGACUUUUUGAAGACGUAUGGCCAUACUCCACCAAUCAGCAAGACCAAAGAGUUUGCCAAUGAGCUGGACAUUGGAGACGACUUUCCUUACUGA